ACCUGUUACUGCGGGUCUGCGUGUCUAUAAUAUACCUAUACAGGCACACACGGCAUACCUCCGCCGAUGUCCGGUGGCAUGCCAGAGGACGGUGUGGAUUUUCGUUGUUUUUUUUCUACACACCCCCCGCCCCCUGCUUAGCCGGCCGUGGUUUUUCAAUUUUCGCGCGAUUUGUACGACGACGACAUCACAACAACAAUACUCAGGAAACCAUCGCCGUCGAUUGAAAACUAAUCGUCGUUUUGCAUGUGCCCCGAUUUAGAUUCGAUCGUUGUGGUGUUGUGUAACGCAUAAAGGACGACGAUAUGGCCAUAUUUCCGAUGCUGUCGGCUGUGGCCGGCUUCAUUAAGGUGCGUUACGUGGUGGACAAGGCCAACAUCGACAACGCCGUGUUCAGAGCGCACUACAGGCUCACCACGGCGAUACUCUUUGGAUGUUGUAUACUGGUCACGGCUAACAAUCUAAUCGGUGAUCCUAUAGCUUGUAUAACUGAUGGUGGUAUACCAGAGCAUGUCAUCAACACGUUUUGUUGGAUUACUCAUACAUUUACAUUGCCGGAUAAACAUCUUGGUGUUGGUAAACAAGUUGCUCACCCUGGUGUAUCAGAUUACGUUGACGGCACCGAUCAAGUACGAUACCAUGCGUAUUACCAAUGGGUGCCAUUCAUGCUAUUUUUCCAAGGCAUUCUAUUCUAUGUACCCCAUUGGAUAUGGAAAAAUUGGGAAGAAGGUAAAGUUCGCAUGAUCACUGAUGGCGUACGUGGUGCUUCUAUUGGACAAAACGAAGACAGACAAAGUCGUCAAAAACAAUUAGUUCAAUACUUAAUUGAUACUUUACAUAUGCACAAUGUUUAUGCUUCUGGAUAUUUCUUAUGCGAAGUAUUUAAUUUUUUGAAUGUGAUUGGAAACAUGUUCCUUAUUGACAGUUUUUUGGGUGGUGAAUUUUUCACGUACGGUAUUAAAGUUUUGGAACUCAGUCAAAAAGAUCAAGAAAAUAGAUUUGAUCCCAUGGUAUCUGUUUUCCCAAGAGUAACCAAAUGCACAUUCCACAAGUUUGGUCCAUCUGGAUCAUUGCAGACACAUGAUGCACUUUGUGUAUUGGCAUUGAAUAUCUUGAAUGAAAAAAUCUACAUAUUUUUGUGGUUUUGGUUCAUAAUAUUGGCAAUCAUAUCUGGAAUGGCGUUGGCAUACAGUAUCGCUGUUGUAACAUUGCCUUCAAUUAGAGAAACAAUUUUACUACGCCGUUUUAAAUUUGGAACACCGCAAUCAGUUUCGGCACUAAUCAGGAAAACACAGGUUGGAGAUUUCUUAUUAUUACAUCUUUUGGGGCAAAAUAUGAAUAUGGCACAAUUUACCGAAGUAUUAGAUGAUCUCAGUUCACGAUUACAUCUGGGAAACAAUUUACCAACUGCUCCUUCGACUUUGGAAUUAUCACCAAUGUAUCCUUUGGAUAAAUUGAGACUUCACAAAGAAACCGAGGCUUAGACUUGAUGAACAAUAAGAAUCGAUCAAUGUCUGUAAUUUUUUUUUAUCUAAUAAGAAAAACAUUUGGAGUUGAAAACUUUUAAUCUCAAACUGUGUUCAAUACUUAGAAAAACAUUCCAUUUACAUAACCUUUGAACAUUAAGUAAUUAUGUGUUAUUCAAAUUUUAGACUAGUAAUCAAUAAUUAGUUCUAAGACCAAAUUUUUUCAACUGCAUAUUUUAUUUUAAUACAUUUUUAUACAUCUUCCAUGUUAAACAAUUGGUAACCUAACUAUUCCUACAUAUAAAUAAAUAUAUCGUGUUCUUUUAUAUUUAAAUGAUUGACUAGCAGUCAUUAUGAUGCAUCUUGGCGCUAAUUAGUAUAAACAAUUAUUUUAGUUGUAUUUAAUAAGUUA